GACACCUCCAUUUUCGACCGGCUAAGGCCAUGUUCGCGAGAUCCAUCAAGACGGCGGUGCCGCGGGCGGCCCGUAGCUUUGCCCAUCGCGUGGAAGUCGUGUUGAAAGAAGAUGUCCCAAAACUCGGGUUUCGCGGCGACGUUGUGUCUGUCAAGGCCGGGUACGCGCGCAACUUCUUGUACCCUGAAAAGAAGGCUGUGUACGCAACCAAGCUCAACUUGUCUGCGUACAAAGUUGAAAAGGUCCCGACCGAAGACGACGGGUUCGACCCUGAACGGGAGCGCAUUCGCGAACUCAUCAUUAAGCGGUUGACGUCGGUCACGUUGAAAAUGAAGCGCCAUUGUAUGACCCCCAAACCCAACACCAAGUUCCCUGUCACGGCACAGAACAUUGUGGACAAACUCGAGUCGCAGCACGGGAUCAAGGUCGGCAUCGCCCGCGUCGUCUUGCCUGAAAUGAUCAAACUGACCGGGAACCACAACGUCAAGAUCCGCGUCGACGACUGGAUCGACGACGAAUUUGAAGCGGCUCAGCAAGCUGCAGCUGCCGCUGGCGAGACCGUCGUGGCGCCCGUCAACCCGGACGCCCCUGUCAACGUGUCUACCCAGACAGUUCUGCAGCAGUUUGCUACCGAUCGCUACAACACGUCUGCCACCCACACCGAAGAUAAAGUGUCGGCGGUGCCGGAAGUCGACUCGAGCAAGCGACGACUGGUAACCCUUAAGGUUCUCGUGGAACGACGUUAAUUCAACCUUGGGUUGUGCAUCUUGGAAUUGCUGCCCAGCCUAUACAACCUCCAGACAAGCAGCAUACUCGCCAACCGUGGCGGCGAGUUGCUCGCAGUCGUCUCUCUCGAUGCAUGUAUUGUACUGAUCCA